AUGUAUAACCCACGGAGAACUGCUGGUGAGCAGCUCGAUGUUGGGCAAGUUCUUCCAGAAACCAUUGAUGUUCAAUUGAUGAAGCGGAUUCAGGAUUCCAAAACAGGGUCGCCUUACGAAGCCCCAGCCCCCACCCCUGUUCCCUGUUCCACCACCACCAGUUCCCUGUUCCCCACCCCACCAGCCCCCACCCCUGUCUGUUCCCACCAGUCCUGUUCCACCCCUGUUCACCUGUUCCCACCCCUGUUCCCCCAGCCCCACUCCCACCCACCCACUCCCACCCAGCCUCUGUUCCCAGUCUCAGCCACUGUCACUCCCACUCCACCUCAGCCCACCCUGUUCCCACCCUGUUCCACCCCACCUGUUCCAGCCCCAGCCCUGUUCCCACUCCUGUUCCACUCCCAGCCUCCACCCAGUUCCCAGCCCCAGCCUGUACCCCACUCCACCACUGUUCCAGUCACCCACUCCCCACUCCACCAGCCUCCCAGCUCCAGCCCUGUUCCACCCCUGCUCCCAGCCACCCCACCUGUUCCCAGCCCACCACCUGUUCCCCACCAGCCCCACCCCACCCACCCUGUUCCUGUUCCUGUUCCCACCUGUCAGCCCUGUUCCAGCCCCAGCCCCCACCUGUUCCACCCAGUUCCCAGUUCACCCCAGCCCACCUGUUCACCCCAGCCCCCACCUCAGCUGUUCCACCCUGUUCCCACCCCACCUGUUCCCACCCCAGCCAGUCUGUUCCCACCACCCCACCUCCCCAGCUGUUCCCCACCCUGUUCCACCAGCUCCCACCCCCACCUGUUCCUGUUCCCAAAUCUCCUGUUCCACCCCACCCCAGCCCCUGUUCCCACCCAGCCCCCUGUUCCCCAGCCCUGUUCCCCACCUCCCAGCCACCCAGUCUCACCCUGUUCCCACCCCACCUCCACCCACUGUUCCCAGCCCCAGUUCCUGUCACCUCACCCUGUUCCCAGCCCCUGUCUCCCACCCAGCCUCACCCCACCUCCCUGUGCCCAGCUCCCACCUCAGCUCCUGUUCUCAGCCCUGUUCAGCCUCACCUCAGCCUCCACUCCCAGCCUCAGCCUCAGCCUCACUCCCAGCCUCAGCCUGUUAGCCCAGCCCCAGCUUAGCUAG